UAACCAAUGUAGUAAACAAACAACUUUAGCCAGCAUGCUAUUGCAGUACUUGUUCACAUGUUUCUUAUCAUCUGCAAUCUAUUCUACCACAACAAACUUUUAUUUCAAUUCUUUUUAAAGUGAGUUCUAAUUUUGUGGCAAUCUUCAUUUAUUGUAGUGUUACUAACAAGUUAGAACUAUAUCAUGGAAAUCCAUAAUCGUUACACUUCAAUCGCUUGCAAUCGAACACCGGAGUCUUUGGACUGGGGCCACGAUGGUCUAGUUUAUUAUGCCGCUUGUCAUGCAAUUGCCGUGUUUGAUCCAAAUUUCCAUGGAUCCUCAAAAAUAGUUCGUACAUUAUGCGAUCACAAAGCUCGAGUAAACACGGUGAAAAAACUUACAUCAAACUCGCAACAACAAAUUGAUCUUAUUUCCGGAUCCGAUGACAAUUUGUGUAUUUUAUGGAACACGCAAAAUCUGUCGCAACCGCUACAGCAUGUACUGGAAGGUCACACGAAAGGAGUAACACAAGUAGAUGCAAUCUACCAAAGUGGACAUUUGAUCGUAGCCACUGGUUCGGCCGAUAGCAGCAUCAAACUGUGGCGGAUGAAUGAAGAAGACAAAUUUUAUUGUGCCCAAACCAUUAACCUUGGAACGGGAUUCUGCUUUGCGUUGAAAUUUUUUCUUCUGCCUCGGUCGAGCGGUUUAAUGCUAACUUGUGCCAUGGACAACGACCAGAUUCACUUGUAUGCUUUCACUGAGGAGCAGUUCGUUUUGGUGGAUAAAUUAAAGGGCCACACGGAUUGGGUUCGAGGUCUAGAUUGCAUUCUAGAUAUUGAGAAAGACGAUCUAUUACUGGCCAGUGCAUCACAAGAUGGUUUUAUUCGUCUGUGGAGAAUUUCCCCGAGAGAGAUAAAUCGACCUCAACAGCCAUUGGAUGAUUUCUCUAGUGACCAAGAUAUCGUUCUAGAAGAGAAAGUUUUCAGUAUAAACCAUGAGGGUGAAGAUUAUUACUAUGCCGUAUCACUAGAAUCGGUUCUGCAAGGUCACGAAGGAUGGGUUUACGGAGUACAUUUCAGCAGAGAGGGUUCUCAGUUACAUCUUCUGUCUAGUUCGAUUGAUAAAACGUUAAUAAUUUGGACACCAACCAGUUCCGGAAUCUGGUUCGAGCGCGUUCGCGUCGGUGAGGUCGGAGGCUCAUCACUCGGUUUUUAUGGAGGAAAGUUUUCGCCGACUUCUCAAUCCAUCAUUGGUCAUGGGUUCCAGGGAAGCCUUCAUCUUUGGCAACAAGAUCCAGUGGAUGCUAGGGUUUGGAAACCAGGCACCAUAGUUGGAGGACAUUUUGAGGCAGUUCGUGACUUGGUAUGGGAACCGGUUGAAGGCAAUUUUCUGGUGACGGUUGCAGCAGAUCAAACCUCCCGCAUACACGCUGACUGGAAACGGUCUCACUCAGAUGAAGUGACAUGGCAUGAGAUCGCUCGACCACAAGUCCACGGAUACGAUAUGCAGUGCCUGUGUAUGCUUUCCAGGUACACGUUCGCAAGUGCAGCAGAGGAAAAGAUUGUCCGAAUUUUUCAAGCUCCUGGAAAUUUUGUUGAAAACUUUCGGCAUCUUUGCGACGUUAAAGAUGAUGAGGAAGGAGAUAAUAUUUUGAAAACUACACCAAAAGGUGCCUCAGUACCGUCUCUGGGACUUUCGAAUAAGGGAGUUUACGGGAAUGCUGAAGAACUACCACCAGAAACGAGACACGUUAAGGACAUGUAUCCUGAGCAUUAUUUCACCCCGACGUCCAUGAUAUGUCCACCUACGGAAGAAACUUUGAUGCAAAAUACGUUGUGGCCGGAAAUGCAGAAGCUCUACGGGCACGGCUAUGAGAUAUACGCACUUGCUGCAACGCUGGACGGUCGGUUCGUGGCUUCUGCUAGUCGAGCUACUUCGGCAGAACACGCACAAAUUUUAAUCUGGAAUACCUCAACGUGGAAAAUAGUUCAGCGCUUGCCGGCCCAUCAAUUGACGGUAACUCAAUUGGCUUUUGCACCAAGUAACACCCUACUGUUGGCAGUUUCCAGGGAUCGAACGUUGUCUGUGUUCGAAAACAAAGAUCAAGGAGAAAAUUGCAAUUUCAUACUAAUCACUCACACGAACAAACAAACGAGUAUUCACACAAGAAUUAUUUGGUGCUGUAAUUGGUCCCACGAUUCAAAGCAUUUUGUGACCGGUUCCCGUGAUGGCAAAGUGGUCUUGUGGGAUCGACAGGAAGUACAAUUUAGCGCCAAAGCUAUACUGGAUCUGAAGGGGGACUCGGUGACGGCUGUGGCAUUCGCUAGCCGGAAGUUACAUCAGAACCAGUAUCUGAUAGCAAUUGGUUUAGAGAAAGGCAUCAUACAGCUGUAUGCGAUCGAGCAGGAAUGGAAAUUGUUGGCAACCGUGAAUCAUUCAUGCGGCCAUCACUUAACGGUGAAGCGACUAGCUUUCAGACCUACGGAGGAAACCAUUCAGCUGGCUAGCUGUGGAGAAGAUAAUUUAGUAAGAAUUUACGAUAUUUCGUACUAAUAAAAUUACAUUACGAUAUUUCGUACUAAUAAAAUUUAACAUUAUGAGAACGGUCCACAUUGAC